GGUUGUUGGUUGCAGCUUCUUCACACCCUGCUCUGUGGUUUCUUCUUCUUCUUCUUCACACGUUUCAAUAACCGCGGAGGCUGAGGCGCCUGACUCUCUCUGCUCUGUUUCACUCUCAACCUGCAAGGGAAAUAAUAUUUAUCCUGGUUUGAGUGCAACGAUGUCUAAGGCUCCAGCUUCUCCUGCUCGGUCUCGGUCCAGAUCAAGAUCCAGAUCCAGGUCCUAUUCGAGAUCUCACUCUAGAAGUCGCUCCCGCUCAAGAUCCAGAAAGCGUCGCUACAGUUCUAGGUCUCGUUCCCGCUCUCGCUCUCACUCUCCGUCCUACAGAAACUAUCCCGCCAGGGACUAUCAGAACAACAGAGGAAACUUUAGAGGCUACAACCGAGGCUACCGGAGGCCUUACCACUACCGCGGCAGAAACCGAGGCUAUUACCAACGCGGCGGCCAUUACCAGAACAGGGGAGGUGGAGGCGGAUAUGGCUAUAAGGCAAACUAUCAAGGUGGAGGUGGUGGUGGUGGAGGAGGUGGAGGUGGUGGAGGAGGAGGAGGAGGAGGAGGAGGGGGUUGGCAUGAUCGGCACCAUGACCAGGACCACCACUCUUACAGCCCCAGGAGAGGGCGCUCACGCUCACGCACACCUAAGAAACGCUCAGGUAGCCGCAGCCGCUCUCACUACUCUGACCGCUCUUCUUCUGGGAGAUCUCGACGCUCCCGGCACUCCAGCUACUCCUCCCGGUCCCGCUCUGGGUCACCACGUCAUCGCAGCAGCAAGGGCAAGCCGGGCUCCAAGGACGGCAAGGACAAGCAGGCAGAGAGUCACUCGGAGAAACCCAGGCAGGCGGCAGACGGCAGUGCCAUCGAGAAGGCAUCUGGAGGUAAAUGGAUCGACUACGACACCAGCCCCAAACAAACCAGUCCAGACUCUAAGAAAGAAGAUACUCCCACCGGUCCUGGAACCAAGGGACCUACAACUGGAGGUCCUAUGUGGAAAACCAUCGGCAGUGCGUCCCCUCCACCAAAGAGCCCCUCAAAGUUGGGACAGACCGCCUCUUUUGGAGGCUUUGGGUUCUUCUCGAAGGAGGAUGUCAAAUCUGGAGAUAAGACUGUGAUCUCUGCCGCCUUCAAAAAAUUCUUGGCUGAGAAUAAAAACAAAAAGCAAGCUGCUGAGAAGGAGAACGGUCGGGACAAGGAGCAGAGCACCACGGACAGAGAACUGGAGAAAGGAGGCAAGACCGGAGACCUUUUCAACCUCUCGUCGACUUCUUUCGAGUCCAAGGAGGACAAGAGCAUGCCGUUCUUUGAUGCCGGAGAAGAGGAGUUCCUCAAGUCUCACGGGCUGAAAGACGCGGACAUGGAGGAGGAGGGCGAGGUGAAGCCCAACCUCACAGCUCGGGAUAUUUACGGGAAGUGGGGAGACGAGCCGGCCUACUCGACGUCCUACCCGUUAGUCAAAGAGAAAAGCCGGAGAGACGCCGAGGAGGCGGAGCCCGCAGAUCAAGUAGAGGAGGAGAUGUACCGAAGCCGCAAGCACAGCUCCAAGAAAGAGGAGAAGUCCAAGAAGAAGGAGAAGAAAGAAAAGGAGAAGUCCAGAAGGAGUCCGUCCCCACCCGUCACCUCCAGAGAGAAGGAGCGUCCUCUGUUCCCCGUAGCUUUCCCUCCUCGUGAGGGCUCACCUGCUCGAAACCUGUCCUCAUCAAGGGAAGAAUUUGAACUCAAAUAUGGUGCUUCAGAUGAGCUGCCUGGUGCUUCUCUGUCUAAAGAUCGCCUCAUGCCCCGGGAUCUGCUCAAUCCCUCUAAGAAAGAUUCAGAGUUUCGUUCAAUCUUCCAGCACAUGCAGUCGGCUCAACUCCGCCGCAGCCCCUCUGAGCUGUUUGCUCAGCACAUAGUCUCCAUUGUGCACUACAUCAAAGCUCAACACUUCACCUCCUCAGACAUGACUUUGAGUGAGCGGUUUGCGAUGUACCAAAGAAAAGCUGCAGAGGUAGAAAUGAUGAAGCCAAGGAAGAGCCCAGAAAUCCACAGGAGAAUCGAUGUUUCCCCCAGUGCCUUUAAGAGGCACUCUCACCUGUUUGAGGAUAUGGAGGAGUCGAGCUACAAGGAUUCAGGUCAAAAGUUCAAAGGUGACGUGAUGGACCUGCGCCUGGAUAUUGAAAGGCGUAAGAGGUUCGGGAAGGACUACAAACGUGAAGGAGGCAGGAGCCCGGGAGGCUCCCGAGGACCGAGCAGAGAGAGGUCCUCUGAGAAAUCUGGGAAACACCACAAGAAAUCCAAGAAGGGAAAGAAGAAGCGUGAUCGCUCCCCCUCCUCCUCUUCCUCCUCCUCCUCUCCAUCCCCUUACCCUCCACCCUUCAGAGGUAAAGAGUACAUGGGAGAGGGGGCGGAGCAUCCAGAGGAGGGCUACGCUCACUCCCGCUAUCCUCCCCGGGACUAUGCCGGGCCCUCGGAGCGAGGCCCCGGGCAUUACGAGGGUCACAACCCAGAAGGAAGAGGUCGAGGCCGGGGAUUUUUCCCCAGAGUCCGAGGGCGAGGAUGGAACAGGGGAAAUUAUCCUGGCAACAACAGCAAUGGAAACCCUGCCAACAUGAAUCCUCAAACGCGCCCCCCAGAGGAGGAGUGGGACCCUGAAUAUACUCCCAAGAGCAGGAAGUAUUACCUGUCUUCCCAUCUCCCCCUCCAGCAUGACGAUCGCGACGGAGAGAAAACCUGGGUGGACAACCGCGGAAGAGGCCGGGGCGCCUUUCCGGCCCGCCGGGGGCGUUUUGUCUACCGCAAAGGGGGCAGCAGCCCCAAGUGGACGCACGACAUGUUCCAGGGCGGGGAGGAGAGGGGGCUGGGUGACGACAACAUGGAAGUGGAGCGCAAAGAACCCAAGAGCCCCGGAGACGUGCCGGCCAUGAAGCAGUAGACGACUCACAGCCAUGAAGGGGUUAAAUAGUGAUUAGAUCGUCUUCUUUACGUCAUCAUAAAACUGUUUAGUGGUUUAAUGUGUUCAGUGAGUUUGUGAAGAAAGACCUGACUUGAUUUCAGAGCAGCACUCGUACUUUUUCUAUGUGAGGUUUCAGCUUAAUGUUUCUUUUUAAUGUAACGGUGAGUUUGGGGUUUUUCGACUUAAUUGUAACUUUUUAAGGGAGAACUAUCGGAGGCAUCGAAGAUAAAUGUUCAGAAAGCAUGAGAAAAUGAGAAAAUAAGAAAUGCAUUUGUGCCUUAGAGUAAAAAAAAACAAAAAAAAACAGUCACAUCUGUCGGAGGUACGGCCCCCGUCUAUGAGCGCUGUUUUUCAGAGUAGAGAGUCCAUUUUAUUCUUUCUGUUUGUGUUUUUGGGGCUGCGCUAAAUUGUCAAUGUUACCUGCAUGAAACAUUUGAUUGACGCCUCUCUCCACGGGACCAAUCAGUAGCGGGCUCAGGGCUCCCGAUCAUCAAAAUUUCACACAUGAAAGUAUCUGUUGAACCCCUGAACAGGUUUGUCACUCAUUAUCUGAGCUCUUUCAUUUAGUGCCACUUCAGCCGUACUUCUCACUUAGAGGUGAAAACAUAAGACUUGUGUGUGUGCUACAGUAUAUAGUCGUUAAUUUGUGGAUGUUUUUCAGUUUAAAAAAAAAACAAAAAAAAACAAUCAUAAAAUUGUUAAGAAUUGGCAUUAAAGUUCCCAAACACACACAUAGAGCUUUCUGCCGCUGUCACAUCAACAUAAGUCUUCUUUAGAUCUAAAGCUAGAUAUUUCAAAAAGGCUAAUACGUGUAUAGAGUUACAAGUCAUUUGUUAUCUUAAGAUCUUGAAGAGGGGAAAAUAGAAACUCCUGAUAGUUCAUUUUUAAUACAACAGUUAGUGUCUCGUAAAGAGAGAGCUCUGGAACACGAGCGAGUGAAGCAACACCUUAGCGAUUAGCGACAAACACAAAGAAAGUCGUUCUGUGAAUCUCACUGUGCUGCUUUGUCCCACUUUGAUUGUACAUACUGCAUGUACUAAGCAGAACUCUUUUUUUUUUUUUACUGUUCUCAAGAGCUUUGAAUUAAUUUGUCUUUUAAUUUUCAUUGGGAUUCUUUGUCUCUUUCUUUUCUUUUUUUUUCUUUUUUCUUUUUUUUUAAAUUCAGGGCAGAUCUGUGAGUGACUUUUGAGACUGUAGAAAUGUUGGACAGCCCACUGUGUUGAAUUUUCUCCUUUUUGUUUGGGGUCUCACAAACCCCACUGCAGUCUGUGUACAAAUCUGAAUAGUUGCUGAAUUGUUUUUUUUUUCUUCUGAUCUUAUUAAAACAAAAAUAUGUAUGAAAA